AUGAUGCGCGUUCCUCGUCAACCCUUCUCCACUGCCGCCCGAAUCCACCCCAACAUCGUCCCCCAUCUUCGUCCCCAAAGGAGAAUGCGCCCAGGCUGGGUCAAGUCCGUAGCGGCUGUCGUCGUCGUCGGCUACGGUGUCAAGACAUAUCUUGACAUGGCCCAGAACCGACGCCGGGCCCAGAUGGAAUACAUGGAGCGCGAGGCUGCCACUCGCAAGCAGCGCAACGAGAUGCUCAUGGACAUGUACGGUGACCGAUCCAGCCUCGACGAGCUGGAGAAGGCCAUCGAAUUCUACGAGAAGCGAUAA